AUGAGUCAGCAGCUGGCAGCACAGAAUCAGCCGGGCCUGCUCAUGGACCCGGCAGAGGGGCAGGUGCCCUGCCAACGUCAGGACCGUUCCAACGUGGAUGGCCUGCUGCCGUCCAAAACCAGCAUUCAUUCCGAAGAUAGUGGACAAGCUGUGUCCAUGAAAAAACCUCCAAAAGAAUUGAAAUGUCGUUUUGAUUCAUCACUGUUUCGUAUAACUCGAAACUUUAUAGAUCUGAUCAGGAGUGCCCCGGGGGGUGUUCUUGACUUAAAGGAGACUUCCACAAAACUGGGAGUGCCAAAACGACGGUUAUAUGACAUCAGCAAUAUUUUAGGUGGAGCCAACCUGGUGCAAAAAAAGUCGAAGAACCUUAUUCAGUGGAUAGGAGGUGAUAUUACCAAUUUUGAUGCAGUGCACCGGCAGAAGAAGCAGCAGGAGGAACUUGAUGAGUUAUCGGCAAUGGAAGAUGCUCUGGAUGAGUUAAUUAAGGAUUGUGCUCAGCAGUUAUUUGAGUUAACAGAUGACAAAGAAAAUGAAGGAGUAGCAUAUGUGACAUACCAAGAUAUUCAGAGCAUUAAAGCAUUCCGUGAACAGAUGGUUAUUGCAGUUAAAGCUCCAGCAGAAACCAUACUGGACAUUCCAGACCCGGGAGAGGACUCUAUCACCCUACAAGUACAGAGCACCAAAGGGCCCAUUGAUGUCUAUUUGCUAGACAUGAAACAGGAUCACUCAAAUAAUAAGGUGUCUGAAGGUGGAGGGACCUCCUUAUCUAAAAGCAAACACUCCAAAAACCCUAAUAAAGAAGAAAAUUCUCCACAGCAAAGCGAAGAAGUGCUUGAAGUGAGCAAGUGA